UGUCCCUGUUUGCUAAAUGUCUGAGUUUCAGGUUGUGUUUUCAUGGAAGUUAAUAUUUAAAAUGUUCAGUUGGUUGUAGGACUUUGGCAGCACUGAACCGUAAAAUGAUUUGAGGAUGAAGGAAUCUCUUUAGAAUCAUAGCCUGGCUUCUUUAACUGUUCUCUUUACAGAGAUCUGUGUUUCUAUUGGUUAGUAAGAAUUUAAGUUUUUGCAUUCAUAGAUAUUUAGUAAUAUAAGUAAUUACUUAGAGGUCAAAAUAGUUGUGUUCUACGUAUGUUUGUGCAUAAAUAUUCAUGAUUAAAUCAGUAAAAGGAGUUGCACUUUGAUUGAGGAAGCUGAAUUUUCCCACCUCUGCUUUCCACAGAGGUGGGAAAUAAGUAUUAAUUGUCACUUUUCUUUUUGCCUAAUAAGGGGGACAGUGGAAACUUCUAGUCACUGCAACUUGUACAAUAUAAGUAAUUGAACAGUAAAGAUUUAAUUUUUGCCAUUGACUUUUUUUAAUUGAAUGACUAAAACUACUUGAGUUCCAACAGGUUUGUUGUGUUUUGUUACUUGUUUUUUUUUUCUUUCUUAAUGGACAGUGACCAGGGUUCACAAAGAAAUAAGGCAGAAGUGUAGUUGUUAUAUUAAGUAAUAAAAGUAGAUUCAUGCCCUUGAACGUGAAAUUCUUUGGAGUAAAAGUUGGCAGCUGUCCCAGUCUGUAUCGGAAGAGAGAGACUGGGCAGGAAAAAACAAACACAGUCCAAGGAGCAACAAUGAAGGGGAAAAGUGUACAAUAGGAAAUUGUUAAUUAAGAUGAUUGCCUGCCAUAAAAAAUCCAAUAGCUUACUGUAUUUGAUUUGCCAGCAGGUUGAAAGUAUGGUUAUAUGGUGUGCUCAGGGACAAAACAGAUCAAAUAACACACUGAUUUUUGGGUGCAAAACCCCAUUCUUUGUGGCUGAUUGCCUGUUUUGCUGUUUUCAGUGUAUAUACAGUUCUUCUGGCUGGAAGUGUUGGUUCCUGAGAUAAAAUGUAACAAAAUUUGGAAAAUAUUAACCAGAAAGAAAGAAAGAAAAGGUGAAAUGUGCACUAAAUUUGCUUCAAAAUAAAGUCCUUGAAUGACAAAUGAGGAUCUUGAGUGGAAACCCCUUUUAUUACUAGGUCCAGUUAAGUUUUUUGGACAGUUUUGUUGGGUCUCACAUGAAUUCACACUUGAGUGUAAUCUCCUGAUACUGUGAAAAGAAAUUACAUGGCAUCAUCUGAAGUGAGGUUGGAGGUCAGAGCUGGGCUGAAAUUUGGUGUUUUUUUGUGAUAUAUUGAGUUAAUUCACACAGUAACAAGGCAUAGUGGGUGUCUCACCCCUCCCAGCAUCUAGUUUGGAAAAAUAAAUAUUUGGGCGAAAAAAGGAAAUAAAUGAUGUCAAUUUGUAGCACUGGGUUCUCAAUUCAGGGUAAUGGGUGAGUGAUUUUAGGCCUAUAGAAAUAAGGGGGGUAAUACAGGAGAGAUGGAUGAUGAACAUGGGUUGAACAUACCAGGGCUUGGUUAAACUGGCUGAGGAUAGAAUCCAAAAGUAAGUGCCGGUGUCUUGACGCAAAAAUUAGAGAUUUAAUUUUAUCAAAGUCAUUAACUUAUGAAUUAGCUGUUAAAAGCUCCAGUUAAAAUCAGGAGUGUGUAGCAGCAGUGGCAGUGGUUGAGGUUUGCUGGGGUGGUACCAACCUGCCUCUCCAGCCCUUCCUGUUCAUCCACAUUUGGGGGUUGAUUUAAAUAGGGGCAUGGUCUGGGUGGCAUUUCCAGAGUCUCUGUGGUCCUGUGUUUUACCAAUUCCCAUAUUUUGGUAUCUUAGGCAGGGAUUUUAGAUAAAUUCAGAAGUACAACAACAACAAAAAAGUCAUUACCCAGUCUAAGAACUUAAUGGUUCAACUUCGUAUUUCAGUAAAAAAAUAUUGUUUGAAUUUCCUUCUGUUAUUUCUGAUAUUUUGGGGUGAGGUCUGUGCCACAUAAAGGUAGUGAUGCUGAACAAUUCACAUAUAAAGUAGCAGGUUUUACUAGCAAAAUCCAUAAUGGGAUUCAUCCAUUUUUGUCAGGUAUUUCCAGUUUUUAAUUAAUGCUUUGCAUGUCUGAGCAGAGCACAUCCUUCAUAUUUCUGAGGUUUGGUAUUUUUUUACAGUUUCAGCAUUGAAUUGUUUGUUUCUUAGGGAGAGCUUUAACUUUUAAACUUUUUGUUGCAACUCUGGACUUGCUGUUUUCAAAAAGACUUGAAAUAGCUUGUGAAUCUUUUCUCUUCAAACUUCAAAUUAAUUUUCAUCAGAGAUUUUAGGGUUUUAGGUCUCUGAAAAACAUCUGUACACAAACUUUGUGCAUAACAGGGAUUUUAAAUGAGUGUCAUCUUGUAUGGAUGGUGUCUAUAGCUUUUAAAGAAGGAAUUUUAAACUAAUUCCAAUUAAAUAACACUGACAUAAUAAUAAUUAUAGCAUUUACAAAGGGAUAUGCUAAAUGAUACAUAAGGGAGAUGCUAAAUAUAACUACUGAGUAGUAGUGUUUGUUUGAAACUACAGUUUUAAAUUAGAGCAACAAGAACAUGAGUUUUCACUUGUGUGCUCUGAAAUGUAAAUUGGUCAAAUGGGGAACUCUGUUAAUUUGAAAUUGUUGUGUUUUAAUGUUGUUUUUUUUCUUUCUUUUUUUCUUUUUCUCCUUCCCCUCUCCAGCUAAAUGGCCUUAAAAUGGCAGAUGAGCCCAUGGAGGAAGGUGAACCAUAUUCCUACCACGAUGAAGGAAGCGUGAAAGAAAUUCCUAUUACACACCACGUGAAAGAAGGAUGUGAGAAAGCAGAUCCAGCACAGUUUGAACUACUUAAAGUUCUUGGACAGGGAUCAUUUGGAAAGGUCUUCCUUGUGAGGAAGAUAAUUGGUCCUGAUGCUGGGCAGCUUUAUGCAAUGAAAGUAUUGAAAAAAGCUUCUUUGAAAGUUCGGGAUCGAGUUCGUACGAAAAUGGAGAGGGACAUUUUAGUAGAAGUAAAUCAUCCCUUUAUCGUCAAACUGCACUAUGCCUUUCAGACUGAAGGGAAGCUCUAUUUAAUAUUGGAUUUUCUCAGGGGAGGAGAUGUAUUCACACGAUUAUCCAAAGAGGUUAUGUUUACAGAGGAAGAUGUGAAAUUCUACCUCGCAGAACUGGCCCUUGCUUUGGAUCACCUUCACAGCUUGGGAAUUGUGUACAGGGACCUGAAGCCAGAAAACAUUUUGCUUGAUGAAGCAGGACAUAUCAAGUUAACAGACUUUGGACUCAGCAAAGAAUCAGUAGAUCAAGAGAAGAAGGCCUAUUCUUUCUGUGGUACUGUAGAGUACAUGGCACCUGAAGUGGUAAACAGGAGAGGGCACAACCAGAGUGCUGACUGGUGGUCCUUUGGGGUCCUCAUGUUCGAGAUGCUCACCGGGACCCUGCCGUUCCAAGGUAAAGAUCGAAACGAAACCAUGAAUAUGAUACUGAAAGCAAAGCUUGGGAUGCCUCAGUUCCUCAGCCCUGAAGCACAGAGUCUUCUGAGGAUGUUGUUUAAAAGGAACCCAUCAAAUAGAUUAGGAGCUGGUUCAGAUGGAGUGGAAGAAAUCAAGAGACAUCCUUUUUUUUCUACUGUUGACUGGAAUAAACUGUUCAGAAGAGAAAUCCAGCCUCCAUUUAAACCUGCUUCUGGAAAGCCAGAAGACACCUUUUGUUUUGAUCCAGAAUUCACAGCAAAAACACCAAAAGAUUCUCCAGGAGUCCCACCGAGUGCAAAUGCCCAUCAGCUCUUCAAAGGAUUUAGUUUUGUUGCAACUACUACUGUAGAAGACCAUAAAAUAUCCCCUCUCACCAACAUCCUGCCCAUAGUACAGCAGCUUCAUGGAAACAGUGCCCAGUUCACUGAUGUCUAUGAACUGAAGGAAGAUAUUGGUGUUGGUUCCUACUCUGUUUGCAAGAGGUGUAUACACAUAGCCACAAACAUGGAGUUUGCUGUGAAGAUAAUUGAUAAAAGCAAGAGGGAUCCCUCAGAAGAAAUCGAGAUUCUCAUGCGUUAUGGACAGCAUCCAAAUAUUAUCACUCUAAAGGAUGUGUAUGAUGACGGCAGGUUCAUCUACCUGGUGACUGAGCUGAUGAAGGGGGGGGAGCUGCUGGACCGGAUCCUGAGGCAGAAGUUCUUCUCGGAGCGCGAGGCCAGCGCUGUGCUCUUCACCAUCGCCAAGACCGUGGACUACCUGCACUGCCAGGGGGUGGUGCAUCGAGACCUCAAACCCAGUAAUAUUUUAUAUACAGAUGACUCCAAUAAUGCUGAUUCCAUCAGGAUUUGUGAUUUUGGAUUUGCAAAACAGCUUCGAGGAGAAAAUGGACUCCUCCUAACCCCAUGCUACACUGCAAACUUUGUGGCACCAGAGGUGCUCAUGAGACAGGGAUAUGAUGCUGCUUGUGACAUAUGGAGCUUGGGUGUUCUUCUUUACACCAUGUUGGCAGGCUACACUCCCUUUGCCAAUGGUCCCAAUGAUACUCCUGAGGAGAUCCUGGUACGGAUAGGCAGUGGAAAAUUCUCCCUAAGUGGAGGCAACUGGGACACUGUUUCAGACGCAGCAAAGGACUUGCUCUCCCACAUGCUGCACGUGGAUCCCCACCAGAGGUACACGGCAGAGCAGGUGCUGAAGCAUUCCUGGAUUGCCUGCAGGGACCAGCUGCCACAUUAUCAGCUCAACAGGCAAGAUGCCCCUCAUCUAGUAAAGGGAGCCAUGGCUGCUACAUAUUCUGCACUGAAUCACAAGACAUUUCAGCCAGUGUUAGAGCCUGUUGCAGCCUCCAGUUUAGCUCAGCGACGGAGCAUGAAAAAGCUCACAUCCACAGACUUAUAGAUCCACUGGGACACCUGAGCACACAGAAGCAAGGGGGAAACUCAACAAGUGGCUCUGUUUUGCCUGACCUGUGAUCAAAAGGCAUCUAUGGUUUCCUGCUACACUACUUGAAUUCUGUAAAAGUCCUUUUUUAAAAAAGAAAAAAAAAUCCACAGGUUCAUACUGUGUUUGUUUUACAGGCUGUAUCUGUUAAAUUAAUUUAAACAUCAGGUACACCAUAAUGAACUUCUCUACACUGUCCUUUGAGAUCUGUUGCAAAUAUUCUUUCAUAUUCUGUAUAGUUUUGCUGGGUUCAGUUAAAAAAAAAAAAAAAGUGGUUUAGGGGACCGUUGCCAAUGACCAAGUUGUACAUAAAGUGUCAGUGGGAGUUUUCUUUUCUUCACACCUUUAGACCCCGUUGUGAAGGACAAAUUAAUUUUGUAAUUGGGCACUUAUUUCAUUCAACUUGAUUCAUUUCACUUGUCCUUGACUGUUAUGCAGAGUUGACUCAUGUCGUGUGCCAGUGUUCAGUUCAUGAGUGUUGAUUUAUUUGGGAGGUCUGUGUUUGCAUGGUGCCAGUAACUGAUAAAUUCAUGUGAAAAUACAAACAGAGGGAUGUGGAAGAUUCUGCACUUGACCCAUCAACUUAAUUUGAUCACUUGUGACCCAAAAGAAGUGCUGAUUGUGGCCUCUUAAAGGAAAAUGAACAUUUCUAGUUGUUACCACAAAUUGUGUCCUGCACUGAGCUGGAAAAAGUUAAAAUAUGCAUAAACUGUCAAAAGUAAGAUCUCAAAACAUUUGAGACAACAUCAUGCAGCUCAAUCCUUUGUUAUUUCUGUUUGCCAUCCAUUAGUAAAACCACUGUGUUAUUUCCCUCAGCAGUCUUUCCAUUGAAUAUGAGGUUUGUUUGGCAUAUGGCACAAACUGACACUUUAUUAUAACAAACUUGGCACGUGGAUUUUUAUUUAUUUGAUUUAUUAUUUUUUUUUAAUAGAACGUUGUUGCUUCUCUCUGAACCUCUCGCUGCAUGUACAAAUAUUACAGAACAGAAAUGCAAAAUUCUCUUUGCCUAACUGUAGGGGUAGCUUGGGGAAAUAAAUAAGCCUUGCAGUGUGCCCAGAUAAGGGAAUUCUGACCAAGGAAUGUCACAGUUAUGGACAAAUUCCUAUUGCCAGCACUCCCUUGCCCUCUCUGUCUGGUGUUAGGACUUGAACUGUUCCUAAAUGCUGUGAUGAAGAGGAAAUUAAUUGCAGGGCCAGAAUUAUCUUGGAGUUUUCUGCCUCAGAACCUUUGCUAACUGCUGGUAGACUGGGAACUAAUGCAUGCAGAGAUAAAAGUGUUUUCCAAAGUUGCAGACUCUGAGGAGUUGUAGUUUCAUAGCAGGAUGACACACAUUUUAAAUAUUAAGUAAAUAAGUGGUAUUAGACUGUGAAGAGGUAGAAAAUCCAAGUGACCAAAAAUCAAAUCUGAUUUGUCGUCAUUGAAUUUCAAAUUACAGGAUGCCAGUGAUGGCAGAACUUGGCAUUUUGAGGCAGGGAAAAAACUUUCCAAGAGAAUUCUGGCUCGACCACCAGGAGUGGUGUAGUAACUCAGAUCUUACAAGAGGGUGUUGGCUGGGUUUUGUCUGUACCUGUGAAGUACUUGGGGGUGUUGGAAGUUCUGUUAGAUAAGCUGCUUUCUUCUGUUGUGGUGGGGGAAGAUGGGAAUUACCUGGCCAAAUAGUUAGGUCUGAAUAUAUCUAGAUUUGAGACUUCCUGAGUAUAGCAAACAUUGGUGUGCUCUUUGUAUCAUGCAGAACAUACCCCAUGUGGAAUUUCUGGAAUGUUGAUAGGUGUUGGAAGCUUUAGGGGCCAUAUGUGCCUGGUUUAGAGGUGCCUGUUUGAAAUGCUUGAAAGCUUCUCAAAGAACACAACUGCUUCCUGGAAAAGCUUCUUGUUUAGGACAAAAUCUGCCCCUUUUGCAGCUGGUUCGUCUUCCUUUUCCUUACUCUGGAGACCUUUGCCAGCAAGAAUGCCUGUAAACCUCUUGUCCACACUCUGUCAGGAUAAUUCUGAUGUUAAUUCACAGAAGAAUUUGAAUUCACUCAAGAAAAAAAAAGGCAAAGUGGUGGAAACGAAGCUCCCUGAGCCAAGGUCAAGCUGUGAUGUGGG